AUGAGAUGUCUGCCAAAUGAGUUCCAGUGUGGAGCGAGCUGCAUCGACCUGGUCUACCGCUGCGACACCUUCCCUCACUGCUCUGAGGGCCAGGACGAGCACCACUGUGAAACGUUCGUGUGCCCUGCCUCUCACUUCAAGUGCAACAACCACUUCUGUGUCCCCAGCGAGCAGGUCUGUGACUUCCACGACCACUGUGGCGACGGCUCCGACGAACACCACUGCCACCAUCGGCAGUGCUGGAAGUCAGAGUUUGAGUGCUCCAAUGGACAGUGUAUCAGGCCAGGGAGGGUCUGUGACCACCACCAUCACUGCAAGGACGGCUCCGACGAGACCUCCUGCAGACCUGAAGACUUCGCAGAGUGCGGGUCGGGAGCGAGGGUCCACCGCUUCUACUGGUGCGACGGCUGGCCGGACUGCCCUGACAACCACGCUGACGAACUCCACUAUUCUGAAGAAGAUAUGCAAGAUUGCCGGAGCCUCGGUUGGUGCCAGGAGCCUGGGCUGGUGCCAGGAGCCCUCGGCUGGUGCCAGGAGCCUGGGCUGGUGCCAGGAGCCUGGGCUGGGUGCCAGGAGCCUCGGCUGGUGCCAGGAGCCUCGGCUGGUGCCAGGAGCCUCGGCUGGUGCCAGGAGCCACGGCUGGUGUUAGGAGCUCGGCUGGUGCCAGGAGCCUCGGCUGGUGCCAGGAGCCUCGGCUGGUGCCAGGAGCCUCGGCUGGGUGCCAGGAGCCUCGGUUGGUGCCAGGAGCCUGGGCCUGUGCCAGGAGCCUGGUCUGGUGCCAGGAGCCUCGGCUGGUGCCAGGAGCCUCAGCUGGUGUCAGGAGCCUGGGCUGGUGCCAGGAGCCUCGGCUGGUGCCAGGAGCCUGGGCUGUGGUGCCAGGAGCCUGGCUGGUGCCAGGAGCCUCGGUUCGUGCCAGGAGCCUCAGCUGGUGCCAGGAGCCUCAGCUGGUGCCAGGAGACACAGGCUGGUGCCAGGAGCCUCGGUUGGUGCCAGGAGCCUCAGCUGGUGCGAGGAGCCUGGGCUGGUGCCAGGAGCCUCAGCUGGUGCCAGGAGACACGGCUGGUGCCAGGAGCCUCAGCUGGUGCCAGGAGCCUCUGCUGGUGCCAGGAGCCUCGGUUGGUGCCAGGAACCUGGGCUGGUGCCAGGAGCCUCGGCUGGUGCCAGGAGCCUCGGCUGGUGCCAGGAGCCUCGGCUGGUGCCAGGAGCCUCGGUUGGUGCCAGGAGCCUGGGCUGGUGCCAGGAGCCUCAGCUGGUGCCAGGAGACACGGCUGGUGCCAGGAGCCUCAGCUGGUGCCAGGAGACACGGCUGGUGCCAGGAGCCUCAGCUGGUGCCAGGAGCCUCAGCUGGUGCCAGGAGCCUCAGCUGGUGCCAGGAGCCUCAGCUGGUACCAUGAGCCUGGGCUGGUGCCAGGAGCCUCGGCUGGUGCCAGGAGCCUCGAACGUCCUGAGUGCAGCAGUAGUGAGUGGCAGUGUCUGAGUGGGCAGUGCAUCGACAAGACGGGCCGCUGUGACCUCGAAUUUCAAUGCUUCGACAAGACUGAUGAAAUUGCGUGUGGUCAGCCCCGGGAAUGCAGCCGGGAGGAGUUCCGGUGUAGCAGCGGCCAGUGUGUCCCAGCAGAGUACGCCUGUGAUGCUGGUCUGGCCAGGAGGCUGGGCUGUGCUGAUCUCUCUCAUCUCCUCAACUGUUCAUUGUUCAGGAGUAUUGUUGGUGUAUUACAGCAUUGUUCAGGAGUAUUGUUGGUGUAUUACAGCAUUGUUCAGGAGUAUUGUUGGUGUAUUACAGCAUUGUUCAGGAGUAUUGUUGGUGUAUUACAGCAUUGUUCAGGAGUAUUGUUGGUGUAUUACAGCAUUGUUCAGGAGUAUUGUUGGUGUACUAAAUACCUGUUUAUCUUCCACAGGGAUCUAAGAGGAAAUCCUGUUGACAGCCUCGGUGCUCGAGUCUUCUCUGGACUCACCAACCUCCAUUAUCUGUGGACUGACGAAUUCCGCUUCUGUUGUCUGGCCCGACACGUGCACCACUGCCGGCCGCAACCGGACGAGUUCAGCUCGUGUGAGGACCUGAUGACCAACACUGUGUUGAGGGUGUGUGUGUGGGUGCUCGGCUCCCUUGCCCUCUCCGGCAACCUCCUCGUCAUUGUCUGGCGCUUCCUCUACCACACAGACAACAGGGUCCACUCAUUCCUGAUCACCAACCUGGCACUCGGGGACCUAUGCAUGGGGCUCUACCUGUUAAUCAUUGCUGCUGUCGAUGUCCAUUACCGUGGGGUCUACUUCAUCUACGAUGCCGUCUGGAGGACCUCGCCCCUCUGCCGGCUGGCUGGCUUUUUCUCCACCUUCUCCAGUGAGCUCUCCGUCUUCACCCUUACAGUGAUCACUUUGGAGAGGUUGGUGGUGAUUAUCUUCCCAUUCCGAGUGCCCCGUCUGAGCAUGAGGUGGACCAAGGUAAUCAUGGGUGUAGUGUGGGCAUGUGUGGGGCUCCUGGCUGCUCUUCCACUCACUGAUAUACACUACUUCAGGAACUUCUACGGGAGAUCGGGUGUGUGUUUGGCACUACACAUCACCCAUGAGAAGCCGAGUGGAUGGGAAUACUCCGUGUUUGUCUUCCUGGUGCUGAAUUUGGUGUCGUUUUCUGUGAUCGCCGGGUCAUAUUGGGGUAUGUAUCAAGCUGCACGCACCUCCAGCGCUGCCGUCAGGAGUGACCAGCAGGUGAGGGAGUCCAGCAUGGCCACCAAGAUGACUCUCAUUGUAGUGACAGAUGCCGCUUGCUGGCUCCCUAUCAUACUGCUGGGCCUUGUCUCUCUUGCCGGUGUCCCCAUCCCUCCACAGGUGUUUGCAUGGGUGGCAGUGUUCGUGCUGCCGCUCAAUGCUGCCAUCAACCCGCUGCUGUACACACUCUCAACGACACCUUUUUUAGGCAAGGCCAGAGAGCGAGUAGUUGAUGUACGACACUCCUUCAGAUGGUCCAUCUUGCGCCGCACUGCCUCUCCCACUACUGGAGUAAGUGUUUCUGGAGAGGCCGCAAUGGUAGUCAAACCCAGUGAUGUCACCGCCCCCACCAUUGUACUUUCCCUUGCCAACCAUCGUCACCAGCCGCGCCAACUGUGCACCCAACUCUCUGCCACCAACAGCUCCACACAUACCAGCAUCCUGAAUAACACCCAUAAAACCCCUGCUCAGCACAGAUGUGAAAUGCGCAGUCUUGGAACUAGUUUAGGUGAGGUACCAGCCCAAGGGGAGAUCAUUCCUCUUAGUGACCUAACCUCCGAGGACCACGCUAUCCUCGCAAUUCACCUAUCCCGCAGAAAGCCCACCAGGCAUCGUCCAGACCUCUAUGACUGACGUCUACACUCAUCAUGGGUUUGAUGUCUAACAGUCCCACUCGAUCUUGCCUGCUCUGAAGGGGGAAGUGAAUAUAAAACAAUUCUCGAAGGACAGCAAAAGUGAUUUGACUAAAGUAAAUAAUGAUCAAAAGGUGCCAAGCCGAGGAGACUGUAGCACCAUCAAAGUUGCACGAUUAUCAAUAGGCACUAUAGACAUCACCAAGGAUGCCAAUACAAGAACAAAAGUGCACAAGGCAAGCGAUUUAAAUUGUGAUUGGAAUUCCUAGAUAUAAAGGUUCUUGUAAUCCAUCUUAUAAUUUUUUUAACCGAAGCUGUAUUUAAUAAUUGCUCCCUAAACGUUAGGUUGUCUGACAUUCUUCCAAGAUCCUUUAUAUAAUGCUUUCCUACUAUGAAUAGGUGUAUUUUGUACUCUAUUUUGUUUAAGGUCUUAAUUUUCUUCAUACCUAAACACCUGGAAUAUAUCAAUAUAAUUAUCAGUAAUAUUUUGAAUAAUAAACCAGCUAGCUUUUGGUUAGCGAGUUUGAUGAAUGCACAAGGGAACUCUAGUGGUGAUCGGGGAUUGGUUAAAAGGAGCCGUUGUCACAACACGAGAUGGAGCCACUCCAGGCGACAUGUUGGUUACAACUGGGGACUCAACCCUGCCACAAAAGUGGGAGGGGAACAGAGAGGGUCAGUUAGGAGAGUCGCCAAAGGAUCCUGGCCUGGGCCUAACGGAGCCAGGGCUACAGACACCGACUUUCCUAUGUUCAUCAAAAUCCAUCAACCCCAUAAAAAAUCAACAAAGAUUUUGAUAGAGUUGAGCUUUGACAUAGCUAUGAGAUAUGUAUGAAGUCUGAAAUUUAACAAUCCAUGGGUUACAAAAUAAUUUAUAAUUCUCAUUGUAGGAGGGACAGGAUGUCUGUGCUUAGGUAUAUUGAGGUUCCCUUUAGGUUAACUACCGACUGCCUUGGACUCUACCCACAACAGUUGCCUAGCCUCCAGAUACCUAAUUUAUGCUAGGUGAGCAGACAGUUCAUCAAAAUGGCAGUUGCCACCCAAUGUCACUAGGUUUCAUCCUUGAAACUAAAAAUUGUAAUCUCAAAAUUACUCCAAUAGCCUUCCUGUAACAAAAAAAUGUUCUCUGGGCUGUCUAGUACAUACGAGGUGGGGAAUGACUCUAGAAGCUGGGAAAGGUACUAAAGAUGGCAAUUGUAACAAGCUAUACAGAACUGUCAUUAACCCUGUAGAGGAACUAGAUAAUGGAAAUGUCACCUUGAGACUAGUGAACUAAUGUCUAGUGAACAUUCUUUAACAUACAGUACCUACUGAGCUGAGAGUUUCAAGGCUUGAGGAAGAGUCAAUAUCCUCCCAAACACAGAUCAAAAUGCAUUUAGUAAAUAUAAAAAAAAAUGCACAAAGCUGGGAAAACUAUUUAGCAGUGUCGAGAAAAAUUUCAAAACGUCCUAAGUAUCAUUGAGGAUGCCAAUACGAGAGCAAAAAGACAAAGACAAGACUAAGUACCUGUAAUGUCAAAAGUAUCAAAUUCACAAGGGAUUCUGUCAAGGGAUAGUGGAAAAGUAGGACUAUCAUCCUGAAAUUCAGACACUGAUCAAGGAAAUGUCAGAGCAAGAAUCACUAGAGUAACAAUUUGAUCAAGAGGUAUUACUAAUUAUUAAAUCUGACAAAAGGUAUAUCGAAGAUUACAAAAUACUGGUACUGUACUUCACUAGUAACAGCGGUGCUUUAGUUAUUCUAGUGAGGUCAUGCAAAUGUGUCACAUUGGUUCCUUGUGGUCUAGGGUAACAGAGGGUGCUGCAUGACAAGCCUAUAGGUAUGGCACACUUACUGGUGUAAAGUGAGAACAGAGUAGUCCUACAUGGUAACUGCGGUAGAAUCCAGCCAAAGGGAUAGCUUUAACAUGAGGGUACAAUGAGAGGUUACACCUCAUUUGUGCUGUUAAGUAGCCACACUGGGAAGCUAGGCAUCUUCAGUUUUUUGAAAGCUCAAAAUUGCAGAUUCGAUAUACAGAGCUCUCUAAGCAUUUGCUUGAAAAAAGCAAUAGCUUUGGGAAAAUAGAUGUUUAAUUAUAAGGGUAAUUACUACCUUUACCUUGUACUGUAGUUAAAAUCUAAGUUUUUUUUUUAUGAGAGAAUAGAAAACAUGCAACUCCUUCAACUACUUUAAGAUUAAUAAGUAUAAAGUUAAUUUAAUAUAAUAUUUAUAUUAGAGAAAAUAAAUCUAGGAAAACAAAUAUUCAUAUUUUAUAAUGAGGCUAAAAUUAUUCACUUAAGAAAAAUUAAAGUACAGUACAUGCAAACAAUUCACCCAGAAAGAUAACUUUUAUUAAAUUAUAUACAUAUUCUGGAGACCAAAAGUGUACACUUGUUCUUGACAACAAAAAACUGAAUUUUAGGUGUUCAUUUAUGUUUUAAGCAUUUUAAAUAUUUACACAAUUCCUAAACAAAAUCAUAGAUUAGAAAUUUAUCACAAAUUACAAAACUGCUGACAUAACCAUAUUUAAAGAAAGGAUGGAAGACAAAACAAAAAUAAUUCUGCUUGGCUACAUGAAUAAAUCAAUACUUGAUAUGCUUUCAUAUUCAACAAUGUAAAAAUUUACAUCCCAUUUUGAGAUACAACUGCAAAAUUUAUCAGAUAUACAUUGUAUAUUAUUUAUACAUAUAGCAGGAUCAAGGAUCUACCACUCUUUCAUAAUGAAAAUAUGUUAAACAGAAUGACUGGCAUGAAGCAAUGUUCUGCUUCUUGAUCUGAAGCUACAAUGUCAAUCGUCAAGGUAAUGAGCAAGACUUGGUCCAUUCCAUGUAGAGCAACAAAUUAGUUUAUCCAAUAUUUUUUUUUAAUUUCUUCUUUAAGUGCACACAAUAUAGCCUAUUUUGUGAAAGUUCUGCCUACACCGUAGCUCUUGCGGACAGUUCUUCUUACACCACUUCAAUUACAGUACAAUACAACUGAAGUAGUAUAAUGCCUCACAGCACAAUAGAAUUUUCAUUUUAAAGAUAAUAAAGAAUAUGCUACACAUGAAAGGCAUUUAAAACCCUUUAUUAAAAAUUUAGAUUAGUUUCAAAAUGUUUUUCCCAUGGUAUUUUCAACAAUUGUUAUUCUUCAAAUAAGAGAGAACAAUCACAAAAUACAAGUAAAAUGCAAGCUUACUGUACCUUAACUAACGGCUAACAUUCUGAGUAACAAGUUUACACUGUUUGAUCGAGGCUGACCAAGUAUUGCUCUUGUCUCGUGAAGGUUCAAUAUAGCUUGCAUGAAGGCACUGCCAUGGCAACAGCCUAAGCUUGGGUGUCAAACCAAUCACUUUAGAAAUAUUACACAUUUCAAUCAUUUUAACCUAUGAAAUUAUUGUUACUGUAUCACUUGUCUAAUGAAAUAGGUACAGGGAUAUUACAUAUCACUGUAUUGUAACAAAGAGCAUUACAGCAUUUGGUUGAAAUUGUUACACUACACACAGUAGCUGCCUUAAAUAUUUCCCUGAGACUACUGGACAUCAAUCUGGGCAUACUAAUGUCUAAGGCAAAUACAGCACCACAUAAUUUAUGCGCGUGUUCUUAUUAUACACAAUUACUGCAAGCAACAGACAUAUAAAUACCUUAA